ACAAACAAACGUCAUAGACUAUUUUAGGUCAAGUGCAUGCGAUAUGUAAACAAAAAAAAUCGAAGCCCACGCGUUAUAUUCACUUGUCUAUUCUGAAGCAGUAGUGUGUUCAUAACGGAUCGUUUUUUAUUGGUAAUGGCUGAUCAAGGAAUGGCAACGACAACCAAGCCCGGUCGAAUAGGGUUAUGGUGUGUGCCCAGAUCUACCUCAACGUUACUGGCGAAAUGUCUGAGUGCCAUCGAGGGGAUCGAAGUCCACUUGGAUGUCUACUCGUAUGCCUCGACGUUCAGGGGGUUGUAUAAGACAUCAACGGGCAAGGAGUUACCUUCUGAUCUCAAUGGCAACGAAUCGGUGUACGAGGAGGCCAAUGAUGUAUGGGAGAAAAACGUUGGCAAUAGAGACCUGAUUCCGAGAAAGACUUCAUACCAAACUAUCAAAGAGGACCUUGAAAAGGCCAGUGCCAAGUAUGUUCUCAUCAAAGAAAUGGGAGUUCUCCCCAUUGACCCCAAAUUCUACCCAGAAGGCUACAAAUUCGCUUUUCUGAUCCGGGAUCCAUCCCGAGUAUACGUUUCGGCUCGUAAAUCGAUGGGGGCGAAGUAUGUCGAAACGGGAAUGGUCCCGUCCGAGGCCGAUUACGAUCUUAUCCGAGAUGACCAGCUUGAUAGUCAACCAAUGAAAUGGUUCGAAAGGGAGCAUGCGCUGUGGAAGCAUGUCAAAGCAAACAUCGACCCGGAUCCGAUUAUAAUCGACACGUCGGAUAUCAUGUCAAGACCGGGACCGACUAUCAAAGCAUUCUGCGAUGCCGUUGGCCUUCCAUACAGCGAUGAUCUUCUGCAGAUGAAGCCACUAACUGAAAUGCCCAGCAACUUUGUGACUGCAGCAGAAAAUCUAUUCACCGAUAUGUCCGCAUUUUAUGAGAGAGCAUUCAAGAGUACACAGAUUAUUCCGCCGAAGGAUGUAGGUCCUUUACCACGUGACCAACUUUCCGAUGACGUCGGUCGUUGUGUGGAUUACUCCAUGCCUUUUUACCGUGAAAUGUUUGAAAGUAGACUCCACAUUCCAUCAUGACACUGUAAGGUCUCAUAAUUUGACGUAUGAUUAUGUUAUUGAACGCUGAAUCAUUAAUUGAGCUUCUUUGGAAUGACAACCCGUAACUAGCUUAUCAUUAAUACGCGGCAAUGAAUGAGCCGAAAAAGGAAAUCAAGGCAAUUGAAAAUACAAAAUAGUAACUAUACGAAAAAUGUUAAUCAAGCAUGAAGCAUUAAAUUUUGAUUAAUUAACCGGGAAGAGAAAAGUACGUAGAGACGUGAGACGUUCAUCCGGGUUUUUUCUAAAACAGUUGGACAUGUUGUUAUUAAUAUUCAUGAGUGUUUUCGUUUAUUUGAUGCAAGAUACAUUUAUAUAAAAGGGGAAGUUCACCCUCCUGACCCCCCAAUAAUAUUGUAAUAAUACAAUAACAAAUAAUAAAAAAAAACACUGGUGAAGGUUUGAGGAAAAUCAAUCAAAGAUUAAGAAAGUUAUUGGAACUCAUCUGGUCAUCUCUCUCACAAGAUGUAAACAUGACGAGAUCCAAGAUCUUGCCACCUGACCAUCUCUUCUAAAAGAUGUAGACAUGACGAGAUCCAAGAUCUUGUCAUCUGAUCAUCUCUCCCACAAGAUGUAGACAUGACGAGAUCCAAGAUCUUGUCAUCUGAUCAUCUCUCCCACAAGAUGUAGACAUGACGAGAUCCAAGAUCUUGCCAUCUGACUAUCUCUUCUAAAAGAUGUAGACAUGACGAGAUCCAAGAUCUUGUCAUCUGAUCAUCUCUUCUAAAAGAUGUAGACAUGACGAGAUCCAAAAGCUUGUCAUCUGAUCAUCUCUCACACCACGGGAUGUAGACAUGACGAGAUCCAAGAUCUUGUCAUCUGAUCAUCUCUUCUAAAAGAUGUAGACAUGACGAGAUCCAAGAUCUUGCCACCUGACCAUCUCUUCUAAAAGAUGUAGACAUGACGAGAUCCAAGAUCUUGUCAUCUGAUCAUCUCUCCCACAAGAUGUAGACAUGACGAGAUCCAAGAUCUUGCCAUCUGACUAUCUCUUCUAAAAGAUGUAGACAUGACGAGAUCCAAGAUCUUGUCAUCUGAUCAUCUCUUCUAAAAGAUGUAGACAUGACGAGAUCCAAAAGUUUGUCAUCUGAUCAUCUCUCACACAACGGGAUGUAGACAUGACGAGAUCCAAGAUCUUGUCAUCUGAUCAUCUCUCCCACAAGAUGUAGACAUGACGAGAUCCAAGAUCUUGCCAUCUGACUAUCUCUUCUAAAAGAUGUAGACAUGACGAGAUCCAAGAUCUUGUCAUCUGAUCAUCUCUUCUAAAAGAUGUAGACAUUACGAGAUCCAAAAGCUUGUCAUCUGAUCAUCUCUCACACCACGGGAUGUAGACAUGACGAGAUCCAAGAUCUUGUCAUCUGAUCAUCUCUCACACGGGAUGUAGACAUGACGAGAUCCGAGAUCUCGUCAUCUUAUCUUUUUCCCUAAGAGAUGUAGACAUGACGAGAUCAUUAUAAUUAUGAACAUCUGGGUUGCACUUUUAAGCUUCCAUAGUUUUCAGCAUUGAGUCGGGUUUAAAAUGGAAUGAGGCGGUGGAAGCUUGCCAGAAUUAUUCCAUCCUGCGAUCGAGAGAGCAUUAUAAUUCAUCUCUUUAUAUUUCGAUUUUUGAAAGCUAACCGAGCUCCGUAACACAAAGGUUUGAAAUCAAUCGCUAAAUACCAAUGACUAAUCAAGAUCAUCGUUCCAUGUGCACUCUGUUUAAAAUACUGACAGGCAGCCAAUCAGUGCAUCUCUUUCAUAUUUGCAAUUCAUCGCAAACCUUUGUAUUACGGAACCCAGGGGCCCGUUAACACAAAGCUAAUCGUAGAACAAUUUUCUACGAUUGAUUCCAUUGUCUACAAUGUACAAUCAAUCGUAAAAAUCCAGAGUACGAUUAAUCACUAAUCUAUGUGUUACGGGACCCUGAUGUUCAUUUCUCCUUUCGUCUACUGCAAGCGAUCUGGGGGGCAUUUCAUCAACAUUUUUGUCGGACAAGUUUUCAGGUCUGAAAACUAUCCUUGAUUAUGAUUAGCUGAGAGGCACUGUUACCAUAGUAACUGUCGGAUAAAACGGGACUUGUCGGAUAAAAUGUCUGACAAGUCCUUUCAUGACACGCUCUCCAGGUAACCUACUAUCUGAACCUAAAAUCCGAUUCAUUUAUUAAUCUCUUUUGAAUUAUAAAAUAUUUCAAAAACCAUUACCAUAUGGCAGUCUUUCGUUCAUACUUUGCGCGAGAAAUCUAUGUUUUUGUUGAAUGUAUGAAUAGAAAAUUAUUUGUCCGAAAAUGCAGAAAUAAAAUAAAAUAAAUAAUAAAACUUCGAAUUCAAAUUUCAGAUCUUUUGUUUAGAUCAUCUGCAGAAACUAAAGAUGUAUAAGAAAACAGGUUGUAUAAACUCGGUUCCAAAGAAACUUUUAAAAAGGCACUGCACAACGACCUCUCAGUAAAAAAUUAACAAUAUUUUUACAUGCUCUCUUUUUAGGUUAGGGUAUAGUAUUAGUUUCUUGUGGAACCCAGUUUAGAAAUAAGACGUCUGAAUUUUCCUAAAAAAUAACAAUAGCACAUUUUAUAUAGACAUUUAAGUAUAAAGAGAUUAAGAAAGGUGGCGUACUGAGUUAACAAGUUUGAGGGGGCCACAUAUGGCAUAUCGGGCAAAUCUAUAAAAAAAAAAAAAAACUUGCGAGCGAGCAAAAAUUUUGAAAGGAAAUUUUAUUAUAAAAAUCCAGUUUGUGAUGGAUUUUGACAUAAUAUUCAGCAAAUAAUAUUUUCACCCUUUUCUCUUUCCUUUUUUUUUUCUUUGCUCGUAAAAAAUGGGGAGGGGGCAUCUGUAUACCAUUGAUUAAGAAGAAGAAACAUCGAAAAAAAGGCAGGAAUAAAGAAUAUCUGAAUCGAC